AUGUUACCAACUGAUGGAUUACCAAACGUCCAGUAUGGCCCCGUUGAACCAGUACGAUUUACCAAAAAUAUGACCUUCUACAGUAACCAAAAAAAAUCCUAUGAAAAAAAUAGUCAAACCCUACGACUAAACGAACCUUUUGAUAGGCCGAUGGUGUUUAUAUUUGCCUGGUUACAGGCAUCCGAGAAACACUUGGCAAAGUUUGCAGAAUUUUAUCUGAAGCAAGGUUUCGAGGUACUAUGCGUUCACAUUACGCCGUGGCAACUGGUUUGGCCAGUGUAUGGAUCGCAAAAGGUAGCCGGCGAUGUAGUUAAGUUCCUCGCUAACAACAAAUUUGCGGAGGGAAUCGUAGUGCACGGGUUCUCGGUUGGUGGCUAUCUUUGGGGUGAAUGUUUGGUAAAACUGAACGAACAUCCCAACGGAAAACAAAUAUUGAGUAGGAUUUGUGGCCAAGUUUGGGAUAGCCUGGCGGAUAUUACUGAAAUUCCGGUUGGAGUUCCGCAUGCCGUCCUACCUAAUAAUCCCACGCUGCAAGGCGUUCUGCGCAACUAUAUCACCUAUCAUAUGAAGUUGUUUGAGGAAGAAGCCACGCAAUAUUACGUGAAAUGUACGCAUCUUUUCCAUUACGAACCAGCCCAAUGCCCCGCCCUAUUAUUGGUGUCAAAGACAGAUCCCGUUGGAACGGAAACGGCUAACAGGAGACUGCGUGAAAUUUGGGAAUCCGUUGGCGUUAAGACCUCGCUUAAGUGCUGGGAUAAGUCGCCCCAUGUAGGACACUUCCACAAGCACCGUGACGAGUACAUCGAAUUACUGCUCACCCACCUCCGAUCCCUCGAUUUACCGCUGUACAAUCAAAAAGCUAAGCUCUAAUGACCCGGCGACAGGCAUUCAGCAGCAUGUGUGGUGGAAAUGAGUUUCUGUGAUGAUCGAGACAAACAUGUGGAGAGGGGAGGAGAAUUGAUAGAAAUCGCGUUCAAAUCGUGAACUGCAUGGGUUGAUUAGGAGCGAUACAUGAUAAGCGGGUUCAGUAUGUGAAUAACCUUGGUUGAUUAACUCUGCCAUAUCACAUGGUUUCACCAUUUUUACGAGUAACAGCUGGCUGCGAUAAAACAGGAUUAAAGAGAUAGUUAAAAGGUUGUUAUCGGAAGGAUAGAUAUAUAUCCAGUUCUGAGAUAAGGAGAAAAAGGUGUAUACUCCAAUAAUAAAAAU